AUGGAAGCCGCGUCCUCCAUGGCGUCGAAUUCGAGCACCUCUGGUGAUGUGAGCAGCCUGCUCUGCACUCAGACAGACCUGCUCUGCACUCAGACAGACCUGCUCUGCACUCAGACAGACCUGCUCUGCACUCAGACAGACCCUGCUCUGCACUCAGACAGACCUGCUCUGCUCUCAGACAGACCUGCUCUGCACUCAGACAGACCUGCUCUGCUCUCAGACAGACCUGCUCUGCUCUCAGACAGACCUGCUCUGCUCUCAGACAGACCUGCCUGCAUCUCAGACAGACCUGCUCUGCACUCAGACAGACCUGCUCUGCUCUCAGACAGACCUGCUCUGCUCUCAGACAGACCUGCUCUGCUCUCAGACAGACCUGCUCUGCUCUCAGACAGACCUGCUCUGCUCUCAGACAGCCUGCUCUGCUCUCAGACAGACCUGCUCUGCUCUCAGGACAGACCUGCUCUGCACUCAGACAGACCUGCUCUGCACUCAGACAGACCUGCUCUGCACUCAGACAGACCUGCUCUGCACUCAGACAGACCCUGCUCUGCACUCAGACAGGACCUGCUCUGCUCUCAGACAGACCUGCUCUGCACUCAGACAGACCUUGCUCUGCUCUCAGACAGACCUGCUCUGCACUCAGACAGACCUGCUCUGCACUCAGACAGACCUGCUCUGCACUCAGACAGACCUGCUCUGCACUCAGACAGACCUGCUCUGCACUCAGACAGACCUUGCUCUGCUCUCAGACAGACCUGCUCUGCACUCAGACAGACCUGCUCUGCUCUCAGACAGACCUGCUCUGCGCUCAGACAGACCGUGCUCUGCACUCAGACAGACCUGCCUCUGCUCUCAGACAGACCUGCUCUGCUCUCGACAGACAUGCUCUGCUCUCAGACAGACCUGCUCUGCACUCAGACAGACCUGUCUCUGCUCUCAGACAGACCUGCUCUGCUCUCAGACAGACCUGCUCUGCACUCAGACAACAGACCUGCUCUGCUCUCAGACAGACCUGCUCUGCUCUCAGACAGACUGCUCUGCACUCAGACAGACCUGCUCUGCACUCAGACAGACCUGCUCUGCACUCAGACAGACCUGCUCUGCUCUCAGACAGACCUGCUCUGCUCUCAGACAGACCUGCUCUGCACUCAGACAGACCUGCUCUGCUCUCAGACAGACCUGCUCUGCUCUCAGACAGACCUGCUCUGCUCUCAGACAGACCUGCUCUGCUCUCAGACAGACCUGCUCUGCUCUCAGACAGACCUGCUCUGCACUCAGACAGACCUGCUCUGCUCUCAGACAGACCUGCUCUGCACUCAGACAGACCUGCUCUGCACUCAGACAGACCUGCUCUGCACUCAGACAGACCUGCUCUGCACUCAGACAGACCUGCUCUGCUCUCAGACAGACCUGCUCUGCACUCAGACAGACCUGCUCUGCUCUCAGACAGACCUGCUCUGCUCUCAGACAGACCUGCUCUGCUCUCAGACAGACCUGCUCUGCACUCAGACAGACCUGCUCUGCUCUCAGACAGACCUGCUCUGCACUCAGACAGACCUGCUCUGCAUCUCAGACAGACCUGCUCUGCACUCAGACAGACCUGCUCUGCACUCAGACAGACCUGCUCUGCACUACAGGACAGACCUGCUCUGCACUCAGACAGACCUGCUCUGCACUCAGACAGACCUGCUCUGCUCUCAGACAGACCUGCUCUGCUCUCAGACAGACCUGCUCUGCACUCAGACAGACCUGCUCUGCUCUCAGACAGACCUGCUCUGCACUCAGACAGACCUGCUCUGCACUCAGACAGACCUGCUCUGCACUCAGACAGACCUGCUCUGCACUCAGACAGACCUGCUCUGCUCUCAGACAGACCUGCUCUGCACUCAGACAGACCUGCUCUGCUCUCAGACAGACCUGCUCUGCUCUCAGACAGACCUGCUCUGCACUCAGACAGACCUGCUCUGCACUCAGACAGACCUGCUCUGCACUCAGACAGACCUGCUCUGCACUCAGACAGACCUGCUCUGCACUCAGACAGACCUGCUCUGCUCUCAGACAGACCUGCUCUGCUCUCAGACAGACCUGCUCUGCACUCAGACAGACCUGCUCUGCACUCAGACAGACCUGCUCUGCUCUCAGACAGACCUGCUCUGCUCUCAGACAGACCUGCUCUGCACUCAGACAGACCUGCUCUGCUCUCAGACAGACCUGCUCUGCUCUCAGACAGACCUGCUCUGCUCUCAGACAGACCUGCUCUGCUCUCAGACAGACCUGCUCUGCUCUCAGACAGACCUGCUCUGCACUCAGACAGACCUGCUCUGCUCUCAGACAGACCUGCUCUGCACUCAGACAGACCUGCUCUGCACUCAGACAGACCUGCUCUGCACUCAGACAGACCUGCUCUGCACUCAGACAGACCUGCUCUGCUCUCAGACAGACCUGCUCUGCACUCAGACAGACCUGCUCUGCUCUCAGACAGACCUGCUCUGCUCUCAGACAGACCUGCUCUGCUCUCAGACAGACCUGCUCUGCACUCAGACAGACCUGCUCUGCUCUCAGACAGACCUGCUCUGCACUCAGACAGACCUGCUCUGCACUCAGACAGACCUGCUCUGCACUCAGACAGACCUGCUCUGCACUCAGACAGACCUGCUCUGCUCUCAGACAGACCUGCUCUGCACUCAGACAGACCUGCUCUGCUCUCAGACAGACCUGCUCUGCUCUCAGACAGACCUGCUCUGCACUCAGACAGACCUGCUCUGCACUCAGACAGACCUGCUCUGCUCUCAGACAAACCUGCUCUGCUCUCAGACAGACCUGCUCUGCACUCAGACAGACCUGCUCUGCUCUCAGACAGACCUGCUCUGCACUCAGACAGACCUGCUCUGCACUCAGACAGACCUGCUCUGCACUCAGACAGACCUGCUCUGCACUCAGACAGACCUGCUCUGCUCUCAGACAGACCUGCUCUGCACUCAGACAGACCUGCUCUGCUCUCAGACAGACCUGCUCUGCAACUCAGACAGACCUGCUCUGCACUCAGACAGACCUGCUCUGCACUCAGACAGACCUGCUCUGCUCUCAGACAGACCUGCUCUGCACUCAGACAGACCUGCUCUGCUCUGCUCUCACACCUCCCCUGCACUCACCGUUCCACUUGGGCGUGUUGGUCUGCAGCUUCACAGAGCUGGUGCGAGUCUUGCCGCUGCAAGCAAAGACCACGAAGGGGUCCGCCUUCAUCACCACACCCGCGUCCCCUACGCUCUCCCCCUCCACCAGUGA